UGCUGUUACCACUGAGUUUUCUAAAUCUAGAAUUACAGAUCAGCGAUCUGUGCUGAUACGGGCACAACAGAACAACUUUAGUAGAUACCCUUUGAUGAUAAUUUGUAAAAUGUUAUACAUUAUAAUAUAUUUCAUAAUAAUUAUACUUAUAUUAUCUAUUUUUCCCAAUGCAAUUUUGAAGAAAAAAAAUGCACACAUAUAAGAGGUUCCCUUCAAAAGAUCACCAUCGUCUCGGAAAUCAUUUUAAAACUAUGCAUAAGUCACCUAUCUAAACUUUUGUAGGUUUCGGACGUUUCGAUUUUUUUUUUUUUUUUCAGUCAUAUAAAAUUAUAACAUUAUUAGGUUGGACAAUAUACAGUCGGGCAAGGUUAGGCGGGGAGGGCACGAGGGCGCGUAGUGUGAAGCCGACCGGAAGUCGUCAC